GGGAUUUAGUGAGUUAUUCUAUGGGGCAUGCCGUGGCCGAUUAUUUAGUCCUCGGAUUAGUUCGAGUAGAAGUUUCGUGGCGAGUGUACGUGCCUCAAAUGGAACGGAGCAUUUGCAAUGCUUACUUGGGGAAAAAAGUAGGAGUCAAUAAGUGAAGAACAGGUGUAUAUAGAUAUUAUAUACGUUGCAGACGGUCUCGCAUGCAUAUGAUUUCGUACCGGUAUUCGUAGUUCGUGUAUUUUUUUUACAUAUAUUAUUUUUCGCCCUCCUCUCGGACCGUCUUUCUCGCUCUCUGGAUUCAGUAAAUUCCGGGCAUACGCGCACACACACAAUGUUAUUCGGUAUUCUUCGAAUCUUUGGUGAUGAUCCUGUGGGUGAUGGGUGACAUGUGCGUUGCUACAACUAAGGCCACCACCACUUCCAUCGUCAACAGCCAAUAAGUCCGGUCAGCAGCCAGCCUGACUUAGUUAUGUCUCACUGCAAGAAAUUCACCCCGAAUAUAUUCAACAAGAUCAAAUGUUCCAAUUGCUUUCGGCAGAAAGAGGAGCACUCGGCCGAGGCCCUGGAAUGCAACCGAGCCAGUCGGUCUAUAGCCCGAAGUGGAUACCUGUUUGUGGCCCCCGACUGGGACUUCUCUGUGCCCCUCAAUAGGACGAAGAGGUGGCAGAGACGCUGGUUUGUGCUAUACGACGAUGGGGAGUUGAAUUAUUCCGUAGACGAACACCCUGAGACAGUUCCACAGGGAUCCGUAGACAUGUCCCAAGUCCUGGAGGUCACCGGCGCAGAGCAAAUUACAGGACACCCUCAUUCGCUUGCAUUAACUGGUCCCGAUAGGGUGACAUUCGUGAAGGCGGCCAGCAGGGAAGAUGCUCGAUGGUGGGCGGAACUUCUAGCCGUUUUCCCGCGUCGUCACAAACGGAAUGCCACUUUCCCUGGUGGCAGAGCAUCUCCUUCAUUGCCGCAAUUGGGACGCAGCGCAUCGCCACAACCACCACGGCCGAGACAUCUUUCCUGCACGGGCCCCAGCCCUCGUACCAACUUCACAACGCCACCCCUCAAAGAGGAACGCGAGUCACCUAACAGAGAGGAUGUCAGGCCCAAAUGGCCGCAUGAUAUCUCAACCAGCGUUCCAUUAACAAUCGAACCAACUCCUAGUCCAAGAAUUGAUUAUGUGAUGAGUUCCGGGUCUCCUCCGACUCGCGAUAAGCUGAGAUGUGAGGAUAAGGCCCAAGCGCGGGUGCGCCAAGAUUGGAGGAAGGAGAGAUUCCGAGACAUCGCAACGGCUCUCACAGACAGGUCGCCUGAAUCCAGCCUUGCAUUACCGGCCGAAGGUUUGCUGCACCUAAAAAAGGGUUGGCUGUGGUUUAAAGAUCAUAACAACGGUGAAUGGCAGCGCCUCUGGUGGGUUCUGUGCGGACCGACGUUAAGCGCUUACAAAGAUCAAGAUGAGCAGGCGAUUCCGGAAGUUUCAGUCGAAUUAAGCACUGUCACGAAUUACAGUGAGAUACAAACGGAAACACGUUACGGAUUCCAAAUCCAAUGGUCUGGACCGACGUUAACUCUAAGUGCGAUUACCUCCAGUAUACGUUCGAACUGGAUGCAGGCAUUCAAAAAGGCGGCUCCUAAUACAGAAGCACCAUCCACUCCGGCCACGCCUCGUUCGGCACUUCUUUCGAGUGACGAAGAAUAUCGAACAGCUUCCGAAGGAGGCCGAAGAGAUUCCGAAGAUUGGAGCGAAUACAAUCCGACAUCACCGAUGGAGAAAAAAACAUUGCUAGGUAGGGUAAGAGACAGGAACCGUCUAAGACCCAAAUUACCUCGCAGCCAAUCGAGACAAUCAACUGUGGACAGUGUAUCAACAGAUGAACUGGACACUGGUUUUAAAGACAACGAUCAAACCAUGACUGCUGAAGUUGACGACCUCAAAAAACAACUGACGAACGCCUCGAACGAUUUACAAAUGCUUGAAUCAGAAAUCACACGACUUAAGAAACAACAAACCGACUCUGUUAUUCGUGAGAAACAAUCCAAAGAAUCAAUAUAUAAUUUAGAAAUGAUCGAAAAGGAACUGUCUCAAAAGAUAAAGCAUGCCGAUGAAAAAUUCUCGAAGGAACAGAAAAUUUGGAGUAGGCGGAUAUCAGACUAUGAACGAGAUGUUAGUGAAGCCGAAGACAAGUGCAAUUCAUUGUCACGCGAAUUACAGACAAAGCAACGAAUUGUAACCAGUUUGCAAGAGGAAUUAAAAUGCGCAAAUGAAAGACUGUCUCGACAUCGUCUCGACAACGAUCGUAUGUUCAAAAAACUACAAGAAAUCGAAGGCAAGAACUUGAACAAAUCAAAACGAAUGGCUUCAUUGACCGACUUGACUGAUAUCGAUCUGGAUAUAGAUUUAGAUAACCUCAACCAAAACGAACUUAUCGAACAGUGCAUUGAUUUGCGGAGCAGAUUCGAAAAAGCUGUGGUUGAAAUUCGCGCAGUCAAGAAAGAAUUACGCGAAUCUCAUUUGAAAUACGACGAAUUAGAGUUAGAAAAUGUCAGCCUUAAAUCUAGUUUAGACAUGGCAGAACAAGAAUCCCAAGCUCAGUCUACUUUAAUGGCAAGUCGAGUACAGGAUUUGACAAAUAAAUAUGCAACCGUUGAAAAACAAGCGAGAUCUUUGAAAUCAAAACUACAAGAUUCUAGAGAGAAGAGAAGAUCACUAUCGCUCAAAGGGAGAGAAAAUUUUUCGAUAAAUAAAGAGGUUGAAGAUAAGGUGACGGAAUUGGAGGCGAAAAUUUUAAGCUUGGAACACGGUAGGUCACGUAGGAAACACAAAAGAGAUAGAAGUACCGAAGUUUCCUCUCCUAUAGAGGAUAAAGUUUUAAGAAGAAUUCGAAGGAAGUCCUUAGACAGCGCUACAUCUUCCGAACCAAUGAAACUCUUGAUGCGUUUGAGCGCUUUAGAAACGAAAGUGAAUCUGGUCAACACAUCCAACGAAUCGCUCAUGAAUAAUAGUUUUAACGAAUUAAACAAGACUGAAGAUACCAAUAAUAUUAUAAGUGCUGAUAGUAUUUUAAGAUUAGCUAAAGAUAAAUUUGUCGAUUGUCGAAAAACUUUAACACAACACAUCAAGAAAAAAGACAUUGACUGUUUAACAGCUUUGGAAACGUGCUUUGAUGAAUUAGAUAAUAUAUUUAAAAUUAAAUUUGGUGAAUCUGAGAUAAGUGUUGUGAGCAUGUCUGCAAAAUCCGUUGUUCUACAACUUGAAAAUCUUCUGAGAGAAAAAUUGAAGGAUUUAGAGGAAAAGAAAAAUGUGCUAAGAGAAGCAGGUGAACUGGAUCAAAAUGCUAAAAUGGAAAUUUUCGCGGAAAAAAUAGCUUUCGAAAAUUUAGUAAUUGGUCGCAUCGAAGAAGCUGUCAAGUUGCAACUAACAUCAGACAACAGCUGCGAACGAUUAUUAUCUAAAGAGACAGUGGAGACUGCAAAUCUUUUGGCAAAAUUAGAAUUGAAAUUGACUGAAGAAUCCAGAUUCGAGACACCUAAUUGCCUCACGAGCAUUGCUAGUUUAACCAAAGUUUUGACAAAACGCUUAUUAUAUUGCGCAAAUGGCCUUACGUAUCCCAAGGCCGUGCCUAUCCCAAGAAACUUGAUACCUGCAAUCAAAUAUUUAGAGGAAGAACAAAACAAAGUUGCCAAUUUGUUAUCAAUUUACAAGACUAAUAAACUACCAAAGCUCGCCGAAGCAUUAGCCCUUGAAUCUUUAUCAUUAUCAAACGAUGAAAGCUGCAGACUGAAUAUUGACGAGGCCACAAUAUGGAAUGCCAGUAGGGAGAUAAUCAACUCCGAACUGAUCACGUCGGAAAUUAAUCACGUAUUGAUGCGUACAGCUCAAAAUUACGAGACGAUUUCCAGUUCGGAUCAGAAUAACUUUUUCACUUUCUUCGCCUACGAACGGGCGAUGCUAGAACUCUGGUCCGACGCCGUUGAGAAUUCACUUAGGGUGGACAUGGAAAGAUACAUCGAAGAAUUAAAUGUAUUGUACGAAUUGGCAUUGGCCAAAAUUCAGAGGCAAAAUUGCAGACGAGGAUCGGAGAGCGAUAAAGCUAUUUCGUCAGGGUCCUUGCUAAAAGAAUUCGCGGAUAUAAUUGCACACAAAGCACUAAUUGAUUCACGCAUUUCUGUUUUGCGAGGUGAAACUGAGAAUAUGAGUAAUCAGAGUGAUGAAGGAAGCAAUUUCGUGAUUAAUAUAUUUGAUUUAGAGUCUUGCUGGGAUUGCUUGGAGAACUUAGAAUUAGUUGAUGUCCGGGAAGAUUUGCAAGCAGAAUUUAAAAGUAUGCUUGGAAAUGUUAAACACAGCAUACCGCACGAUUUGUAUCUAGGAGUAGAGCUGGUUCAACUGGCGAGCGCGAUCAAAGAUUUGGAGGCCGAUAUUGUCAGUCUUGGCAAUGUGAUAGGUGCAAAUAUCCAAACGAAUGGCGCUUGCGAAGAUUUCAAGGAUAUACUUGCAAGAUGUGGACAUCUGAGGCAGAACCUUAAGGAUAUUGAGCAAAACGUUUUGUUGAUGAAAAAUAACCCAAACAAUAGAUGCGAAGAUGAAGAGAGGAAGCAGAUUUAUUUGGGUACGGAAUACUUGAAUCACGUCAGAUCUUUAAGAGCUGCAUACAGAGAAGCAUUAUCUAACUGUGAAAGUGAGAAACAACAGAGAGAUUUGGAAACUCUGCAGCUCCUCUGCGAACGUGUUUUGGUAGCAAUGGAACAAUGGCAUAGGAAAACUCUACAAGAUUUGCGCGACUGUCAUGGCAGGGAAUUACAAGCUCUGAGACAGGAGAAAGAACAAGCACUGGCUGAAGAAACACAAGCAACUUUGGCAGCUCUAGACGCAAUGAGAAAAGCUCAUGAAGCUGAAGUUUUGAGGGAAGUCGCAAGGUUCAAGCAGAACUUCGCAAGAGAGCAACAAAGCGAGAUGUUAGAGCUAAAGGAGCGCUUGAGUGUGAAGUGUUUAGAAGCGGCUGCUUUACAUGAGCAAUUAGGUAGUGCCACAAGGCAGUUAUCUCACGCACAGCAACAAAUUUUACAGCUUGAGCGCAGUCCAUUUCAGGUAAACUAACUCAUUUCACAACCCGUCCCCUGUGUGUAUCGAAAAAAACAUAUUUUUUAAUUUGUUUUAGAAUUAAUGGUAGAUUAAGAAGCAGUCUACUACUAGUCCUUAAAAUAGCCUCAUAUACGUAAUUUUAAUGUUAUUUUGCUUGUAUGUUAUUAUUCUCCCGAGGAAAAUGUAUAAUUUCCAUUU